CAUUUUUCCCUUUAUAGAAAGAGUCUUCACGAGGAAGACAUAGAGAAAAGGAGGAUAUCAAAAUUACAAAGGAGAGAACACCAGAAAGUGAAGAAGAAAAUGGGGAUUGGGAAACAAAUAGAGAAGACUCUGAUAAUGGAGAUGUUAAUUAUGAUUAUGAUCAUGAGCUGUCUUUGGAAAUGAAGCGCCAAAAGAUUCAGAGAGAACUCAUGAAGUUGGAGCAGGAAAACAUGGAGAAACGAGAGGAAAUAGUCAUUAAAAAAGAGAUUUCUCCAGAGGUGGUUAGAUCUAAAUUGUCACCAUCGCCGUCACCAAGAAAGUCUAGCAAAUCUCCAAAACGAAGAUCCAGUCCCAAAUCAUCUUCUUCGGCUAGUAAGAAAGAGAAGAAAGCAUCUACAGUAUCUUCCCCACUUUUGGAUCAGCAGAGGAGUUCUAAAAGUAACCAGAGUAAAAAGAAAGGUCCUCGUACCCCUAGUCCUCCUCCUCCAGUACAAGAGGAAACUCCCCUGGGGAAAAAACACAAAGAAAAACAUAAAGCAAAAGAACGUUCAGAAGAAAAGGCAAGGGAGGUGAAAGAGAGAGGGCGUGACUUUGAAAGGCACAAGGAGAAAAAAGAGAAGCAGAGGGAUCCCUCUGAAAGCUCUCACAGACAGAAGCGUUCCCCUAGUCCUGCAGAUCAUUCUGGCAGUAAUUCUUCCCCUUCCAGGGAGUAUUCACCACCUGCUGCAAGGCGAAGACAAACCUCCCGAGCUCCAGCUAAGUCAACCACUCACAAACAUAACUUCUCACCCUCUCGCAGGUCUGCUUCCCCAUCAGGUCAGCAUCAUUCUCCCAUAUCCUCCAGACAUCACUCCUCUUCAUCACAGUCAGGCUCCUCUGUUCAAAGACAUUCUCCUUCCCCACACCGCAAAAGAACUCCUUCUCCAUCCUAUCAAAGGACAGCUUCCCCGCCUGCAAGGCGAUCAUCUUCUCCCUAUCCCCCACACUCAUCCUCUUCUCCUCAGAGGAAGCGAAGCCCUUCGAGACACCGAUCUCCUGGAAGAGAAAAGGGAAGGCACGAUCGUGAUCGAACUUCACAGUCUCAUGAUAGGCGCCACGAGAGGCGGGAUGAAACUAGAGGGAAAAGGGAAAAAGAAAGAGAAACAAGAGAUGAUCGUGAUUAUGACCAGGAGCAGAGUACCUCCAGAGAUCAUAGAGAUGACAGAGAAUCUCGUGAUGGAAGAGAUCGGAGAGAGACAAGAGACAACAGAGAUCGGAGGGAGCCAAGGGAAUCCAGAGACACUCGAGACUCCAGAGAUACGAGGGAUUAUAGCAGAGAUACCAAAGAUAAUCGUGAUCAGAGAGACUCACGUUCCACACGAGAUUCCCAUGACUACAGAGACAGAGAGAGUCGCGAUGCCCAUAAAAAGGAUGACCAGUACCAGGAGGAGUCGCGCAGCUAUGGAAGAUCCCAUGGCAGAGAGGAGAGCUCUCGUGCUGAAACAAGGAAUGACUCCAGAAGUGACUCCAGAAAUGAGAGCCGAAGUGAUAGAACUGGCAGAAGUCGAGGCAGAGGUCCAGAAUUAUCUGACAAGGGAAGUCGGGGGACUAGGGGAUCCCAGGUUGAUGGUCACAGCAGUAGUGGAAACUACCAUGACAGCUGGGAAUCAAGGAGUAGCUACCCUGAUCGGGAUCGCUAUGAUAGUCGAGAACAAGCAAGGGAUUCCUCCUUUGAAAGAAGACAUGGUGAACGGGACAGGCGUGACAACAGAGAAAGAGAUCAGAGAGCAAGCUCACCGGUACGACAUCAAGGACGAAGCGAUGACCUCGAGCGGGAUGAAAGAAGAGAAGAGCGAAGGGUAGAUCGGUCUGAUGAUAGGAGAGAUGAAAGGGCCCGGGAGAGAGAGCGAGAAAUAAGAGAAAGAGACCGGGAAAGAGAAAGGGAGAAGGAAAGAGAGUUGGAACGAGAUCGUGCUCGGGAACGGGAGAGGGAGAGAGAACGGGACAAAGACAGGGACCGUGAACGUGACCGAGACAGAGACCAUGACAGGGAGAGGGAACGAGAGAGGGAGAGGGAGAAGGAGCGAGAGCGAGAGCGGGAGGAGCGAGAAAGGGAGCGAGAGCGUGAAAGAGAUCGAGAGCGGGAACGAGAAAGGGAGAGAGGUCGGGACAGGGAUAAAGAAAGAGAGCGCCAGAGAGACUGGGAUGACAAAGAUAAAGGAAGGGAAGACCGCAGAGAUAAGAGAGAAGAUAUCCGAGAAGAAAGAAGUUCAAGAGAUGUCCAUGAGGAAAGAAAAUCCAAGAAGCGUCACAGAAAUGAAAGCAGCCCAAGUCCUCGUCAGUCGCCCAAACGUCGCCGUGAGCACUCUCCUGAUAGUGAUGCUUACAACAGUGGAGAUGAUAAAAAUGAAAAGCACAGACUUCUGAGUCAGGUUGUGCGGCCGCAGGAAUCUCGGUCACUGAGCCCCUCUCACGUUACAGAGGAGCGGCAGAGUCGCUGGAAAGAAGAGGAGCGAAAAUCAGACAGAAAGGAAAGUUCCCGGCGUUACGAAGAACCAGAGUUUAAAGAGAGGGUUUCUUCAGCAGAUAAGCAGCGAGAGCAACCAGAUGCUUCAGAGGGCUCCCGGUCCAGGGUUCAGGAAAAUCUUGGACACCGUCCCUCUGAAGAAAGAGAUGCUUCUGAUAGAAUGCAUGAUGACAGCAAGAAGAAGUCUAAGGUACAGAAGAAGGCCACAAAGAAGAAGAAGGAUGAUGACAGUGGGGUGGAAAGGUACGCUAAUGAAUCAACGACUGAGGAAAGCCAGGUCUUUUCACCCAAGAAAGGUCAAAAAAAGAAAAAUGUAGAGAAAAAGAGGAAGAGGUCGAAGGGUGAUUCUGAAGUUUCUGACGAAGAAAUUGUUCCACAUCAUAAAAAGAAGAAAGGCCCAAGAACCCCCCCUGUAACAAAAGAAGAAUUGGUUGAAGCACCACCUGAGAAAGCUGUGUCAGAAGUCCCCCAAAAAAGAGAAGAUACAACAUUUAGUGACUGGUCAGAUGAAGAUGUUCCUGAACGGGGUGAUAUUGUUGUUCCAGAAAGAAGCACUGAGGACUCCCGUAGAAAAAGUCACAGGACGAGGGGUGAAAAGGUGGAAGCCCCCCAUGUUACUAUUGACGACGGACCACACCGUAAACCUUUGGAUCAGAAGCGCAGCAGCAGCCUUGGUAGCAAUCGGAGCCAUGCGUCAAGCAGACUUAGAUCUCCUUCCAAUGAGUCAGCUCAUCGCAGUGGAGAUGACCAAACUGGACGGAAGAGGAUCCUGCACAGUAGCUCUAGAGACAGGGAUAGGGACAGGGACAGGGAGAAGAAAAGCUUAGAAAUCACUGGGGAACGAAAGUCCAGAAUUGAUCAGUUGAAACGAGGGGAACCCAGUCGCAGCACAUCUUCAGAUCGUCAAGAUUCAAGAAGCCACAGUUCAAGAAGAAGUUCUCCUGAAUCAGAUCGUCAGGUCCAUUCCAGAUCUGGGUCCUUUGAUAGCAGGGAGAGGCUUCAGGAGCGAGAUCGACAUGAACAUGAUCGAGAACGAGAGAGAGAGAGGAGAGAGGGAAGACAGAGAGACUGGGACCGAGAUGUUGACAAAGACUGGCCGAGGAGUAGGGAACGAGAGAGGCUCAGAGAACGAGAGAGGGAGAGGGAGAAAAGACGGGAGCUGGAAAGAGAGAGAGACAGACAACUACCCGAUACUGCUGAAAGAGAGAGAGACAGAACUCUUGACAUCUCCUCUCAAAAAGAAUCAACAAAACACAGUGAAAUGAAACUGGACAGAGAUCACGAAAAGGAAUUUGAUGGUGUUUGUCGGGAUUCAGCAGCUUCAGAGAAGGAAAGAACAGACAAAGAUUUAGGACCUUUGCAAAGUUUUGAAGAUGGAAAUGAGGCCGAAAAGGUAGAGAGUUUAGAAGGAGGAGAAGAUGAAGCAAAGAUUGAUGAUGUACAGUCACUGGGGUCUGGAGCUGGAGAAUACGAACCAAUCAGUGAUGAUGAACUGGAUGAAAUUCUGGCAGGUGAUGCUGAAAAGCGGGAGGAUCAACAAGAGGAUGAGAAGAUGCCUGAUCCUGUGGAUGUUAUAGAUGUAGAUUGGUCCAGUCUUAUGCCAAAGCAACCAAAAGAACCACGGGAGCCUGGGGCUGCGCUUUUAAAAUUCACACCAGGUGCCGUUAUGUUGAGAGUUGGCAUUUCCAAGCGAUUGGCAGGACCAGAGCUCUUCACCAAAAUUAAAGAGACUUGCCAGAGAGUGUUAGAAAAACCUAAAGAUGCAGAAAACCUUUUUGAACAUGAACUGGGGGCCUUGAACAUGGCUGCACUUCUACGAAAAGAAGAGAGAGCAGGUCUUCUCAGUAAUCUGGGUCCGUGCUGUAAAGCGCUAUGCUUUCGAAGGGAUUCUGCAAUUCGUAAGCAGCUAAUGAAGAAUGAAAAGGGUGCAACAAAACAAACUUACACAAAUUCUGCAGCAAUGGACAGCGACUUGUUACGGUUGAGUUUACGGUUAUUCAAACGAAAGACUGUGUGCCAAGUUCCUGGGCAGGAAAAGACAGAGGAUAGUAAAAUUCCACAACCGGCUAUCCAGCAAGAAGUGUGUGUGUCUUGAGCGAAUGACCGCAGUGGCACUUUCUGGUUGAUUUCCCACUACUGAUGUUGCUAUUGAUGUUUAGAACUGGUUGGUUGGAAAGCAGUCGUAGAAGAUGGAAGAAAUUACUCCGUUUGUACACAGAUAAGAGUUAUUGGGUUUGGAUGUGAAUAAAAGGGGUAAAAACUAAAGACUUCUGUGUGAAGUUUUCUGCAAGUUUUAUAAUAUUGAAUCUUACUCUGUAACAUAAACCUGUUUUACGAUGCAUCAAGUGUAAUAAUGUGAAGAUGUCUGGUUUUAGCAGUUUAUAACACCACCUGAUAUUAAACUGAAGAAAACUG